AGUGCAACUUUCUUUUCGUUAAAAACAAUUCCAUUUAGCUUAUACUGAGUUGGGUCGCGGACAUGGCUCCGAUACCCCGCACCGUUGAAGAGAUAUUCAUAGACUAUAGGGCUAGAAGAACUGCUCUUGUUAACGCUCUUACACGUGACGCGGAUGAAUUUUACAGCCUCUGUGAUCCAGGCAUGGAUAAUCUGUGCCUCUUUGGUCAUGGGGAUGAGAGCUGGGAAGUAGCCCUACCAGCAGAGGAAGUUCCGGCGGAACUCCCUGAGCCAGUUCUUGGAAUCAAUUUCUUUAGAGAUCGCAAAAGCCGCAAGGAUUGGUUUUCUUAUGUUGCUGUGCACAGUGAUUGUUGGUUGCUUGCUGUGGCCUUUUAUCUUGCAUUCAGACUUGACAAAUUCCAAAGGCAACGUUUGUUUAGUUUGAUCAAUAAUCUUCCCUCCGUUUUCGAAGCUGUGACUAAGUGGAAUAAAUUACGAAUUACGAACGUGCCAACCGAGGGUGGUAGUUCAAGCAAAUCUACUCAGAAAAACUCUACGAAUCUAGAGGCAAUAAUACAAUGUAGAAUCUGUGAAGGACAUUACAAUCCAAAUGAAUUUUGGAUCGGCUGCGAUGUAUGUGAGUGUUGGUUCCAUGGGAAGUGUGUUGAUAUUACCCCUGAAGAGGCUGAGACCAUAGAGCAAUAUGAAUGCCCAUCAUGCAGCUUGAAGAGUAAUACAAGGCCCAGCAGAACUACUAAAGAGCCUAGCUGGAUGAAAUAUUACUGUACAAUUUAGAUAUUUUACCGUUAUCAAAA